UUAGUUGUUACCAAAAAGGGGAGGAGCUUUUUUUGUUGGUCUUGUCUAAUACAGAAACUAUAUUUAAGGUGCUGUGCCCUGACAUAGUGGCUUAAUGUCUGACACACAUUACCUGGAAAAACGUCACCUAAGAAAUACCUGGAAACGGUUGUUGCUCAUCCAGUAGGGAGAAAGAGACACGCCCUGAGAGGGAGAGAACGAUUAUCUCAUUCAGAUCAGACACACGACUUCCUGAGGGGGGAAAGCAACAGCAGCAAAUACUGUGAGUACUGCAACUUUAAAUUGCUAUCCCAUCUGUGAUUCUAAGAAGGAAAAACAAGAGACUGGGAUCUUCCGGGAACUUUCUGGAGGAGUGAGAUUAGCCACGAAUGACUGCUGUCGCAUUGUGCUUUCUGCCUGGCGUGUUUUCAGCUUCAGUGAGAUAAUGGCUUUCCAGUCUGAGGAGGACCUCUCCUGUACUGUCUGCUUGGAUAUUUUUAAAGAUCCUGUUGUCCUCUCCUGUAGCCACAGCUUCUGUAAAAGCUGUCUGCAGACAUGGUGGGGUGAUAAAACAGUACAUGAGUGCCCUCUUUGUAAAAGGAAAUCAUCGAGGAGUGACCCACCUCGAAACCUGGCAUUAGCAAAGGCGUGUAAGGCAUUUCAAAUGGAGAGAGAUCAGAGGGUUUCUGUGGAGUCAGAGGCUCUCUGUUGCCUGCACUCAGAAAAAUUCAAACUCUUUUGUCUGGACCAUCAGCUGCUGGUGUGUCUUAUCUGCAGAGACUCAAAAAUGCAUAUCAACCACAGGUUUAGACCCAUCCAAGAAUUUGCACAGGAGCAAAAAAGGGGGCUCCAGAAAUCCUUGAAGCCUUUACAUGAGAAACUGAAAGUAUUUGAACAAAUUAAAGAAAAGUGUGAUAAAACAGCAGAACACAUUAAGGUCCAGGCUCGCCACACAGAGAGACAGAUUAAAGAGCAUUUUAAGAGGAUGCACCAGUUUCUACAAGAGGAAGAGGAGGCCAGGAUCACUGCACUGAGGGAGGAAGAGGAGCAGAAGUUUAAGACAAUACAGGAGAAGAUUGAAAGUCUGAUCAGAGAGAUAGCAGCUCUUUCAGAAACGAUUAGAGCCACGGAGGAAGAGCUGAAAGCCGAAGACGUCUCAUUCCUGCAGAACUACAACGAUGCAGUGAAGUUAGUCCAACAGCAGCCCCUACUGGAUGAUCCAGAGCUGGCCACAGGAGCUCUGAUAGAUGUGGCUAAACACCUGGGCAACCUGACCUUCAACAUCUGGAACAAAAUGAAGAAAAUGGUCUCCUACUUUCCUGUGAUUCUGGAUCCAAACACUGCCAACCCAGAAUUUAUCCUCUCUGAAGAUUUGACAAGUGUAAGUCACGGAGAGCGACAGAAGCUUCCCGAAAACCCAGAGAGGACUGACUAUCAUCGUUCUGUCCACGGCUGGGAGGGCUUUAACUCAGGGACCCACAGCUGGGAUGUUGAAGUGGGAGACAACACAGCCUGGUUUGUUGGAGUGGCAGCCGAAUCCAUUCAGAAAAGGGAGCGGGUAAAAUCAGGAUUCUGGCAAAUCGAGUUCUACAAUGGUAAAUACAGCACACGCAUACUGGGAGCCCCACCGUCUGCUCUCCGAGUAAAAAAGAAGCUGCAGAGGAUCAGAGUUCAUCUGGACUGGAACAGAGGAAAGCUGUCAUUCUUUGAUCCUGAUACUGGCUCACACUUACAGAGUUUCACACACUCUUGCACUGACAAGCUGUUUCCAUGCAUAGGUACUUUAAACGACAUGCCACUGAAGAUAUUACCAGACAAAAUUUCUGUAACAAGAGAUUAUCUCAGUUAAAGUUUGUUGUGUUUGAUAAGCAGAUGCAUUGUCCUUCUGUGCAUGGACAGACACCAAGGUAAUGUGUCAAAGUAUCACACACAUGACCCAGAACCUAAGGUUUCUCAGCAGAAAACUGCAACGAAAUGAGAAGAUUAAUGGUUUUCUCACCACCCGUAAGUGGUUUUAAUGUUACUAAUGUUUGCAUGCUGUAAAAUCUGUAGACUUGACCCCCCAGAAAUCAAGAAGUGGGAAAUUCUGCCUGAGUUUCAAUCAUGUUCAAAGUACUUAUUUACCUACUUAAGAAGGAUAAUAGCUGAUUUAUCCUACAGCAAUAAAUGAAUGGGGUGUAUUGCCAUCAACAAUUAUGUCAGGUUUGUUUUGAAUUAAUGAGGUGUAAACCAUGGUAUAUUGGAAAACUAGUACAUCCAAUAACAGUAUUGAAAAGAAGAAAAACUCUGUGAAGCAAGAUAUGCUGGAAUUCAAAUGCAAGGCUAACAUUAUGCUAAUGUAGACAUAUGCACUUUUCCUUCUUUUUAUAACUCGGUUCUGAUCAUCUCUCUACAACCCACAUUUCAGAAAAAGUAACGGUUGCUUAAGGUUUGUCAUUUUCAAGUUAACAUUAUCAGCUCAGUUUCUCUUGUGAUGUCGGGUGGCUGUAGCUCAGGAGGUAGCGCCGGUUAACGACUAGUUUCAAGGUUAGUGGUUCAAUCCCUGGUUCUUCUAAACUGUAUGGAUGCUACCCAAGAAUGGGUAAAUGGGGCAAGUUGUAUACGGUACUUUGGGUGCUUAGCUAGAAUAUAAAAGUUCUAUAUAAGGUCCAUGUUAGGGUGAUAGAGACACAUAGAUAUAAAGACAUCAUUUACUACAGCACGGUUUCAACAACAGUGUUAACAAUUAAGCUGAAAAGAGGCAAUAAUGUAGCAUACUGAAGUAAAACUACUCUACUUAAAGUUAAAUGCACUUUUUAUUACUUUAGUUCAGAUAAUUAGAAUACACUUUUUAAUGAUGUGCACCAUACACAAGUUGUUUGUACUUGUAGAAACUAUACAACAUGUUAAAACACCCAGAACUCACUGUUGUCUCAUCUGUGUGCCCCAUACACAGCACAAAUGUGUGUAUCAAUUAUGUGACAGACCUCCUCUGUUUCUAUCCUAUGCCUAAUUUGCUGUAUUUACAGUAACACUGGUUUCAUUAACAUUUGAAUGAUAAAAUGUAACAUGAACUUUGACUGGUAGUCAUUGAUCGCUGCAGAAGUCUUGGAGUCUUUUAGUUUGUUUUAAUCUGAUCCAAAUCAGCGUAUGAGUUUGCAAAACUUGGAACAUUUUCCUGGUGUUUGGUUUUGCAGAAAAGUCCAGGUGGACAAACAACUGAACUGAAAAGUGUCUGUAGGCUAUAAAUUUUGUGGCACGUUCAGUCCGCUUAUUGGCUGUGUCUGAUGUGUCUGGGACAGAAGCAACGAACACAGGAUUAUGUGGUGUUCUGGGCCCUAUUGCAGGAAACAUGUUGAACAGUCUUUGAGCUGCUUCCUGGAAAAAGAGCCCAUGCCUGGUGGAUUACAUGUGAUGCCUUUGUUUAUUUUAUUGCUAGUUGGUACAGUCUAUGCAUUCUGCACAUCCGAAAGAAUAACAUUUUAACAUAACUGGCUUCUUUUUACAUACAUGUUCUGAAAAAUAGCUCAAUAUAACCAAUUCAGCUUGAAAAACUAGCAUGGGUUUGGUAAAUACACUUAUAGAGUAAGUGCAUUGUUUCCUGCUUGUCUGGUGCCAUUUCAUAAAAUGACCACAUGGGGAGGCUGUAGACUUUUUCAUUUUCAUUUAAAGCCUUGGUUGUCACUGAGACUUUAUUGCAGUCAACAGACACUUAUAUAGGUACAUCUUACUGAUACUUUGUUUUGUCCAUAUUAAUGUGACAGCAUCAUGCAAAUUGCUCUCGAUUCUCCUUUGACCUCUGACAUCGACGAGGCAGUUUUACUCCUGCUCACUGGACAUUUUCUCUUUUUUUGGACCAUUCUCUGUAAAUAUCAGGGAUGUUUGUGUGGGAAAUUCCCAGCAUAUAUGCAGUUUCUGAAAUUAGCCUGCCUUAAAUCACCUUUGUUUCCUAUUUUGAUGCUUUUUUUUUCAGUUCUCACAGAUGGGACAAACAUGGCUGGGGGAUAGGAAAGGGAGAAAGAAGAAUGAAGGAAAAGAAAACCAGAGGGGAAGAGGGACAGUGAGAAAGGACACUUAAAAAUAUAUAAAUCUCCUCAAUUAACCGUUGAGAGAAAAAAAAGGAAAAAAGAGAAAACAAGCAAAAAAGAAGAGAGCGGCAUAAUAAACACAACACCAUCGCAUUAAUAGCUAACAGCAAAUAACAGUAAAUACUAAAUAUUGAACGAUGUUGUGCUGCACUGUGAACAGUGAACACCAGUGUGGAUCAGCACACUUGUUUCUCCACGUAACGAUCUGCUAGAGGGUAUUCUGACGCUUGAUUUGAACUUCAGAAGGUAGUCUUGACCUGUGUCUACAUGAUAAAACGCUUACAUGUUUUGACUUGCUGUCAUGUGAUUGGCUAAUUUUAACUUUAACAAGAAAUGGGAAAAUGUACAGAAAAGUGAGUUUACAUGUGCGGCGUUUGAUUUGCACUUUUUGAAUGUUAUACAAUUGGUGGGUGUGUGUGAAAAAAAGUUUUUUUUUCAAAAUGCUUAAGAAUAAACAUUAAACGUGUCUUUGUUGUUUUCUGUAGUUAUUUUUGCACCACAUAUCUGUUUUUUAAAUACUUUUUUUUAUACAUCCGAUCAGCAUUUAUCGGGUUUGUGAAUUUUUGUGUUUUGUUCUUCAUAUUUUCCUUCUUUACUUUUCAAACAUUUCCCUUUUUCCUUUCAAAAUAUAAGAAAUACUUUAAAUGCUAAUCGCUCCUUUCAUUCAACUGCAUAUCGUUAACUCUUACUGAUGCAGUCAGUCUCAAAACUACACUUUAUAAGAGAGCCAGUGUCAUCCAUACCAUCGUGAAUAGGACUCAUCUGGAAAUUAAUUCUUGUUGAAUCUAUUUAUCUACCUGUCUAUUUUUUUUAAGAAAACAAAGGUCAUUUAAAAAGUAUCAAGCGCGUUGGCAAAAUUUGCUUUUACAUAUCAUCUUUUUCAUAAUGUCUAAUAAGCUUCAUACAGUUAAACACAAUUAUUAUGACUGAAACACACGCUUAUUCUCGCUAUUAAUAAAAGUAGUAUACAUGUAUGCCUGAAUAAAAACAAACAGAUGAGAUGUUAGAACUCUUUUAUUUUUGGAGCAGGCUUCAGGAUCUUUAUUACCUCCUGAAUUUCCUCCUGAAUUUAAAUAUUUUUAAUGUUAGAUUUAAUUCAAAGUCAGCUGUUUAAAUAAGAACAGCACAUAUUGCAUCAGGGGAUAUGACAGGUGAAAUAUUUGGUUUAAAAUAUAGUGACAGCUCUCCAAGUAAGACUCUAAACUGAAAUAAAACGGUUCAGUUAUGAAGAGCUUAACUUUAAUCUCAGCCAAACACUAAGAUAAACCAAACAUGAACAUUUCUA